AAUAUUUUUGCAGAAAUUUUUCUUGGACUUUCUUCAGAAGAUACGUUCAAAUUACAGAUUCUUUGCAAGAAGAUUGUGUGCACCGAGUUUGAAUGCUGUUUCUGCAAGUGUCUUGCCGACCAACGGACAAGCUCCUCCUAUCAACGAUCAGUUCCAAUUUUUUUUCGACGCUAAACUUCAAUUGUGAACUGGAAGGCAGUUGUAAAAACAACGUUGCUGGUUGGUACAUCACAGUAAAUCGAAAUGAACCUAACAAAUCUAGCAACAUAUAUUCAUAAACAACAAGAAGAAACAGAAUUAAUAUAUACGAUAUCUGAUAUUCAUUUAUUGAUGAAAAAUAUUUUCAAAAAUAACAUCAGGCGCUUGAAUGAAACCAACGAUGUGGAAAAAGUGAGUGCAGAAUAUUUAUAAAUCAAAUGAUGUAACUUGAAAUAAACCACGGCGUUGCUUAUAGAGUCAAACGCACAAUUACAAACAAACUGUUCCGGCAGCAAUGUUGCCUAACAAAGCGAUCCGAUGUCGACAUGAUCAACAUCGCUUACCGUGACGCGGCUUGUUCACCGGGUUGGUUUUUUUGUGCCUUGCUCGCUUGUGGGCUUCUGGGACAAGCUUUGGCUGGAUGUCCCACUGUGUGCCAGUGCAAAUGGAGGGACGGAAAAGAGCACGUCAACUGUCAAGACGCGGAUUUUAUCGACAUACCAAAAGGGCUCGAUCCUACCACUCAAGUUCUCGAUUUGAGAAAUAAUAGACUAAUAAUACUCCCAAAAGGGGCUUUCAUCGAAACGGGUUUGGUUAACCUUCAAAAAGUAUGGAUGAAUUUUUGCCAGUUGAGGCUCUUGGAAAAAGGAGCUUUUGAGAAGCUUGCUAAUUUAGUCGAACUCGACCUGAGCGACAAUUAUUUGAACGCAGUCCCGACGGCUGCUCUCACUGACAUAUCAGGAUUACGGAAUCUCUACCUUGCUCGUAAUAAUUUAGGCCCUUUACAAGCUUCAAUCUUUACUUCGGUUCCUUCUCUCGUCCGUUUAGAUGUUAGUUAUAAUAAUAUUACCGCAAUCCACAAACAAGCGUUUCGAACAUUAUCACGCCUUGAGGUUUUAAAGUUAUCGGGUAAUCAUCUGACAACUCUCUCGGUAAACGUUCUAAAGCCUCUGGUCGCUCUGCACGGGCUUCAUGUUGAUAACAAUCCUUGGCACUGCGACUGCCAUUUACGACUUUUGCGUCAGUGGCUCUUCCAACGCAAUGUGGCCGCGUCUAUUCCUCCUCAUUGCGACAGCCCUGAAAGACUCAAAGGCCGAGGUUGGCAGACCCUCGGAGAAGACGAGUUUGUAUGCGUGCCGCUUGUGACAGCUGUAGCACAGCGAGUUCUAGCCUCGCAUGGAGACAAUGUAUCGCUUGCUUGUAGAGUGGAAACGGAUCCAAAUGCUGCAGUAACUUGGUUAUGGGACGAUAGGCCCGUCAUAAACACCUCGGCGCAGACGGACCACAGAUACAGAGUGCUUGAGUUAGUGGCUCCUAAAAGAGAUGCCCGAGUCUCGAACUUGACCAUUGCCGGGGCUGCUGUUCAAGAUCAAGGAAUUUAUCGGUGUGUUGCAGAAAAUAAAGCAGGGCGUGUCGAGACGAACUUAACCCUGAAAGUUUCUCAUAGAAUUAAAGAAACUGCACUCAUAGCGUUAGAUAAAGUCUUUGUUACGAGUGCUCUCUUCGGUAGUAUAGUUUUUAUUCUACUAGUUUGUACAAUAUCAUGUACAAUUUUAUACCGUAGAAAUCGAAGAAAUCGGAUGCCUAUUAAAGUAGUUUCUAAUACGAUUCAAGGAAGUCCACAAGUAUCUGUAAGAGACCAAAAUAGUCAACUAAGUAGAAUGAAAAGUGAAGUUGAUUAUCAUGUUGUGCCAACAUCAGAAAGUUUCAAUAAGUUCAAAGUAGUGAACGAGAACAGCCUCAUCACCAGUAAAGAUAGCAGCGGUGAUCAAAUCAUCUUCGAAAAACUAAACCCUCCAAACCCCCACUCUACCACUCCGGGGAAAAACGAUAAACAAAACACUUUGGGGCUCAAAGGCAUUUCCAAGACCGUUUCGUACGUCGAGAUGCCAAAAUCAGAGUCCGGGGAGGCUGAUCCUCUCCUGAAAGAAAUUUACAAAGAAACUAGUUUCGUUCGGUCGAGCGGCUUCACUAGCUCACAAACUUCUCUUAUUGGCUACAGCAGCCCCUUCCCAGAUCUUCUGGACCUGCCAACAUCUAACCAAAUGGGAUCAGUGGAUCGACUGCCUUUCUGUACAAUGCCAAGACGGGGUAAGCGGGACGAACAGCUCCUGCUGGAUGACCACACUCCAGGGCCUCAUCGACCGCCACUUUACCACCGGCCGGCUCACUUUUACCAGCGGUCCCACCGCUUCAGCCUGCGGGCGGGCGAAGAGUUCAUUAAACUCAGGGAGGCUACCAUAGCCGCGCUUGGUGGCGAGAGGAUAAGAUGGACGAGUGCACUCAGUCUGGAGCUAUCAUCUAACAGUUCGAGUUGA